UCUCCCAUCAUGCAUUACUCUCUCAAUGUUUCAAAAUGGCGUCUUUCCUGCAAGAAUUCGUUUUCGUAAGAAAAUCGUGAAAUCAGUGGCGAGAAGAGAUUAUAUUAGCCGCAAAAGCUUAACUUAUCCCUGCAAAAUAUCUAAAACUGUGUUAUCACGUUAAGGAAGCAAUACAGUGCUAAGACAUAAGGAUAUGUUGUCUUUUUGAGAGUAGCAUUUUAUUACUACACGUGCGUAUGGUGCGGUUGUUUACAAUGUCGAAGGAAAGCGGUGAAGCUAGCCAACGAAAACAAAGGCGGAUCAAGUGGUGGAAACAACACAAAAAGCAAGUUGAGGUUGAACAGAAUGAGCAUGAGGAGAAACAUACUAAAAAUACAAAAACAUUCAAGAAACCAAAGAGUAUAUCCCAAGAAUCUGUUAAGAGCAUAAAAACAGAAGAGACUGAAGAUGUAAUAACAAAAGAGCAGGAUGGCAAGAAGCAAAGAUACAUUCUGUUUGUAGGAAACUUACCCUUUGAUCUGACCACAGAAAAGGUUUUGGAUCAUUUUAGAUGCGCAGGUUCCAGUUCAUUUCGUUUGUUGACCAAGAAAACUGACAAUUCUUCUAAGGGCUGUGGCUUUUUGGAAAUAGAUGACUCCAUCGGUUACACAAAAGCUCUAAAUCUCCAUCAUAGCUACCUCGGUGGCAGAAAGAUAAAUGUUGAAGUAACAUGUGGAGGGGGCGGAUCAAGUGAUAAAAGAAAAGAGAAGUUACAGGAAAAGAAAAAGAAAUUCAAGAAAAAGCGUGCAGCAAAAAAAGCAUCAUGUGAAAAGGAGACUUCAUCUAGCAAUGUAUCUGAUAAUAAGAACAAAUCUGUAAAAGCAACUACAGUGGAUAAAUCUGCUAGUGAGAACAAACUCAAGCGCAAGAGAAAUUCAGCACAAGAAAAUUUAGAUGAUGGAGUGAAGAGAAAAAAGCUUAAAGAUGCAGGGGCAAUGAAGUCUCUUGUCAAAGAGCUUGAGCUUGAAAAGCUUGUGGAGCAGAGAAGUGAACUUGUUCAAGAAAAGCAAAAAAAGAAAAAGGAGAAAGAGAAAAGAGGAGAUUUUUCAUCGAGUCCCGAAAACAUGGCCUCGGAAGACGGCUUGUUAUUUUGUGUUCCUGACUUCCCGACUAAGGUUUUCUCAAGCCUCAACGAACUCAGAAGUGAAGAGAAACUCUGUGAUGUUACUCUUGUCGUGAAAGAUCGCAGUUUGGUUUCCCAUCGUGUCGUUCUAGCGGCUGCGAGCCCCUACUUCAAUGCCAUGUUUACUGGUGACAUGCUGGAAAGCAGACUGCAAAAAGUCACUUUACAUGGAAUCGAGUUUGCUGCCUUGGAGGAGCUGAUAAACUUUUGCUACACUGGCAGGACAGAGAUACAUGUCGAGAAUGUUCAAAGUCUUAUGUGUGCAUCCAGUUUACUGCAGUUAUCAAACGUGAAACAGGCUUGUGUUGAGUUCUUACAUCGAGCCCUUCACCCUGCCAACUGUCUGGGGAUAAGAAGCUUCGCUGAUACCUUUUGCUGUGGAGAUCUUGUUCAAGCAGCCGAUGUGUUUGCACUAAAGAAUUUCUCCGAGGUCUCGCAGAGUGAGGAAUUCCAAGCCUUAGCUCCAGACGAAGUUGUAGCGCUGAUAUCGAGUGAGGAGCUCAAUGUUCGUGCAGAGGAAGAAGUCUUCGAGGCCGUCAUGUUUUGGUUGAAAAAAGAUCUUGAUGAGCGCAGAGACUUUCUUUCCGAACUUUUAAAACAUGUUCGCCUACCGCUAGUCCGACCACAGUUUCUAUGCGAUCGAAUUGCCACCGAAGAUUUAGUAAGAAAUAGCCUUGCAUGCAGAGAUUUGAUUGAUGAAGCCAAGGAUUUUUUGCUUCUGCCAGAGAGAAGGUCGAAGUUGCAGUCUUCACGUACGAAACCUAGAAAGUGCAGUGAAGCAGCGGGCUUGAUAUAUGCAAUAGGAGGGUUAAACUCAUCUGGAGAAGCGCUCUGUUCAGUAGAGACAUUUGACAUGCUAUCAUGUCAGUGGUCACCCACAUCUCCUAUGAACACCCUGCGUACUCGUGUGGGUGUUGCUGUCCUAGAUAACAGGCUGUACGCUCUGGGUGGUUUUGAUGGACAUAAAAGGCUAAGCACUGUAGAGUUCUAUAACCCUGUUUUAGAUAAGUGGAUUCCUGCCGCACCAAUGAAUACACGGCGUAGCGCGCUAGGGGCAGCUACUGUCAAUGGAAAGAUCUAUGUUGUGGGAGGAUAUGAUGGUCACAUUUCCCUCAGCACAAUGGAGUGUUACUCAGCUACAGCCAAUUCCUGGUCAUUCCUGGCACCCAUGUCUACACUCCGUAGUGCUGCAGGCGUUACUGAAUUGAAUGGCAAGCUGUUUGUGAUUGGCGGUCACAAUGGACUGUCAAUUUUCAGCUCAGUGGAAGUCUAUGACCCCCAGACAGACAAGUGGGGCCCUGGAGCAUCCCUUCUAAUGCGUAGAUGCCGUGUUGGCGUGGCAACCCUUAAUAGCUGCAUCUAUGUUUGCGGUGGUUAUGAUGGAAGCUCGUUUUUAAACACUGUAGAGUGCUAUGAUCCUCAGACACAGCAAUGGAGCUUUGUGGCUCCAAUGAAUACCCGUCGCAGCAGAGUUGCAGUGGUUGCUUUGGGCAACUGUCUCUAUGCUAUUGGAGGGUACGAUGGCCUUACUAAUCUGAACACAGUGGAGUGUUUUGAUCCUAGAGCCAAUCGCUGGAGCUUUGUCAGCCCCAUGUGCAAGCAUCAGGGAGGGGUAGGGGCUGGGGUUUUACCAAGGGGACCUUUUGUCUAGAGAUACAGAUUUAAGAACAAUCAACUUUUGUUGAGUUAUAGACAGUUUAGAAAUGUUUAAUUCUGCUUUCCAUGUGGAAAGUUUUACAGUAUUGAUUUACAGAAAAACAACAUCAAUGGAUUUCAAAGUACCUUUUGUUCAGUAUGGGAACACACAAAUUUCAUUGGCUAGGACAGAGGGCACAAUGAGUAUGCAAGCCUUGUGAAGUCACACCUAACCUUUGCCUAAAAGUAUUUUUGUCUUGUAUUGUAACAAGAAAUAUCCUGCUCUUCUUCAGAAGAAUGACUCCUGAAUUUGAAGAGAAUGUAAAUUCAGCUACGAUAGAGUAGGCUAACCCUAGCAAAUAACCGUCUUAGACUCAAAAUGACCUUUUAGGCACUUGUGAAAUGAUCUCAUAUGAAGGCUCCGGAUAUCCAAAAUAUGAUAUCUCAAAUGAUAGCUCGGGGUACCACAGUAAAAUGAUAUCUCAAAUGAUAACGCUGGGUACUGUGAUAAUAUAUCUUAAAUGAUAGCUCUGGGUACCAUGGUAAUGUGAUACCCCUAUAAUGGUGCACUUUUUCCCUAAAAUGAAAUGUGGACAGAUCAAUAAGAAUUUGCAACAAGGCAGUAUAAUACAAAAGCUCUAUGAGUAUUAUAUUUUAAAAAAUACAAAACAAAGCAGGAUUGGAUAUUUACAAAAUCCUGGACAUAAAAAAAAUUAAUAAUUAGUAUGUAUUUACUUGGAUUUUCAAGUUUGAAUACCAAAUCGACAUUUUUGCACACUGUUUAAUAAACAUAUAGUUAUGAAAUUCUAAUAAAAUUUGUUGACCAUGUAUUUAUGCAUUUUAAAAAUAGGUUAAACAAGGAAUAAAGUUUGUCCAAAAUUUAAAA